CAGUGCAACGCUAGCCCCGCCGUUAUCACGCCAAUAAGCCGCCAGUCGCCUCUCCUGAGUAUGAUAAAUAACACAGCUGGCCGCCCGAUACCAUCAUCCUCAUCUCGACUCCCACCAGUUCCGCAGCUCUGUGCAUCCCAUCAUGGCUAGCAAUUUCCUCCUUGGUGCCGCUCUGCUGGCCCAAUUGGCCGCGCCCGUUCUUGGUGCCGCUGCGCUCGAGACCCACGAGUCGCUGCCGUCGCUGCCCUCUGGAUGGGCUCACGCUGGCAAGGCUGAUGCCAACACCCCCAUUCAACUGUCCAUCGCCUUGACCCUGCAGAACAUCGACCAGCUCGAGAACAAGCUCAAGUCGAUCUCUACCCCCGGUGGCUCCAGCUACGGUCAGUACCUGGACGCUGCCGACAUUGAGUCGCAGUUCGGCCCGGCCGACUCGUCUGCUGAUGUCGUCAUCAGCUGGCUGAAGGAAGCUGGCAUUGAGUCGAUUCACAAUGCCGGCCAGUCCAUCAACUUCGCAACCACCGUCAGCAAGGCCAACAGCUUGCUCGGCGCCAACUUCAACUAUUUCUCCGACGGCGGAGUGUCUAAGCUGCGCACCCUGAGCUACUCCAUCCCCGGUGACUUGAAGUCCGACAUUGAUCUGAUCUCGCCUACCACCUACUUCGGCAAGACCAGCGCCCAGCGCUCCAUCAAGACCUACAAGAGCAAGCGGUCUCCCUCAUCCACAACCUCGUCUGGCUCGUCGUCUGUCUCGGUCGCUGCAUCUUGCCAGACCUCCAUCACCCCAUCUUGCCUCAAGGAAUUGUACAAUGUCGGCAACUACACUCCCAGCGUCAAGAGCGGUAGCCGUGUCGGUUUCGGAAGCUUCUUGAACGAGUCUGCCCUGUACUCCGAUCUCGCCAUCUACGAGAAGUUCUAUGGCAUUCCCUCCCAGAACUGGACCAAGGUCAUCAUCGCCAACGCCACCGACAGCCAGGACCCGUCUACUGGAGGAUACGGCGAGUCGAACCUUGAUGUUCAGAACAUCAUUGGUAUCUCGCACCCUCUUCCUGUCACCGAGUUCUUGACCGGUGGAUCUCCCCCCUACAUUCCCAGUCUCGAUGACGUGACCGACACCAAUGAGCCGUACCUGCCUUACUACGAAUACCUGCUCUCUCAGAGCAACUCUGAGCUGCCUCAGGUCAUCUCCAACUCGUACGGUGACGACGAGCAGUCUGUGCCAUUUCAAUACGCCGUUCGCACUUGCAACCUGAUUGGUUUGAUGGGUCUCAGAGGCAUCACUGUUCUGGAAUCCAGCGGUGAUCUCGGUGUUGGCAGCGGCUGCUUGAGCAACGAUGGCCGCAACAAGACCCAAUUCGAGCCGAUCUUUCCCGCCACCUGCCCAUACGUCCUCUCCGUCGGUGGUACCGUGGCCGCUACUCCUGAGGAAGCCUGGAGCGCCAGCUCCGGUGGUUUCAGCAACUACUUCCCUCGUGCCUGGUACCAGGAGGAAGCCGUCGAGACUUAUCUCAAGCAACACAUCAACCCCGCCACCAAGAAAUACUACACCAAAUACACCAACUUCGCUGGCCGUGGUUUCCCCGAUAUCUCCGCCCACAGUCUCACCCCGGACUACGAAGUCAUCUACGUUGGCAAGCCCGCUCCCUCCGGUGGUACCUCUGCUGCCGCCCCCGUCUGGGCUGGCAUCAUCGCACUCCUCAACGACGCCCGCCUUGCUGCCGGCCAGCCCGCUCUGGGUUUCUUGAAUCCCUUCUUCUACGACUUGGGCUACAAGGGCCUGAACGAUAUCACCCUUGGCCAGGCUGUUGGUUGCAACGGUAUUGAUGGCCAGAGCGGUAAGCCUGUUCCCGGCGGUGGUAUUAUUCCGUGGGCUACUUGGAACGCGACCGAGGGCUGGGACCCCGUUACUGGUUUAGGUACACCUGAUUUCCAGAAAUUGAAGGAGAUUGUUCUUUCUCUGUAAUUACAUUGGAACAUAUAUAUUGAUGUACAUACAUUGAUUGUUACGCCUACUAUAUUGGCUUCUUAUAUAUCAGCAUUCCAUGUCUCGUGUUCUAAUAUUCGAGUGUCAAUUAUUAUUGCUGUAAAAGCCUGCACACAUCCCCGUACACGUAGCUACUACGAAUAUGUUUAAAUCCAUAUUUUUCUGAUCA